AGGCGGCAGCCAUCUUGGCGGCGGAGCGAUGAGCGGGUCGAACCCGAAGGCGGCGGCCGCUGGGUCGACGGCUGGGCCCCGGGGGCUGGUGACUGGCAAGGAGGAGAAAAAGAAGGCAGGCGGCGGCGUCUUGAACCGGCUCAAAGCGCGGCGGCAGGCACCCCACCACGCGGCCGACGACGGCAUCGGGGCAGCGGUCACGGAACAGGAGCUACUGGCUCUGGACACCAUCCGGCCCGAGCACGUCCUGCGCCUCAGCCGGGUCACCGAGAAUUAUUUAUGUAAACCUGAAGACAACAUCUACAGUAUUGAUUUCACCCGCUUCAAAAUUCGAGAUUUGGAGACAGGGACGGUGCUCUUUGAGAUUGCCAAACCUUGUGUUUCAGGCCAAGAGGAAGAAGAGGAGGAAGGUGGAGAUGUGGACCUCAGCGCAGGACGUUUCGUCCGCUAUCAGUUCACACCAGCAUUUCUCCGCCUCCGGACAGUCGGGGCGACGGUGGAGUUCACCGUGGGAGACAAACCUGUGUCAAACUUCCGGAUGAUUGAGCGGCACUACUUCCGGGAACGCUUGCUGAAAAACUUUGACUUUGAUUUUGGUUUCUGUAUCCCCAGCAGCAGGAACACUUGUGAACACAUCUAUGAGUUUCCCCAGCUUUCUGAGGAUGUCAUUCGUCUGAUGAUUGAAAAUCCCUACGAGACCCGUUCUGACAGCUUCUACUUUGUUGAGAACAAGCUGAUAAUGCACAACAAGGCUGAUUAUGCCUAUAAUGGAGGCCAGUAACUGCUGCAGGACCGAACAGGGGAGGUGCUUUACUGUGGCCCGAGGUCCUGGCACAUGAAGGUGGCUGAAGCUGCUGUUAGUCAACACACAUCUGGAGCCUCGCCCCAGGAAGCCAAGGGUGGGGUGGCAGUUUCCUGUGCUCCAAGAGAGGUGCCAAGCAGUGCUGUGUUUCCUUUCCCAGUAUUUUUUCUUCCCUUUCUGUCCCACCCCUUAGGUCACAGAGGUACUAUAGUAAAAGUAAAAGAUUAGGAAAAGCUCUUGGAAUCCAGAUAAAAAAGACAGUUUAUUUUCAUGUAGUCAUAGCUGCCUUCUGGUUGACGUGACGAGCCCGGGUCUCUGUGGCAGAGCUGUGCCUGGGUGAGAAAGCUCUGGCCGGCCCAUCUGCCGGUUAGCAGCUCUUCUGUAGGUUCCUAGGUGCUGUGGGAAGCUGCAAGGUCAGCCUCUUCAGGCAUUUCUCAUCACUUCCGGUGUUGCCAUCAGCACAAUCUGACCUUACCCUGUGCAUAGUUGUAAACCAACUGGAAAGAAACUUGAAAGGGGGUGGAGGGGAGGAGUGGUGCCAAGAGUCGAGGCACUAGGGAUUGGUGAGGCUGCCAAGCCGAAUGAUCCAUUUUAGGGAGAGGCCUGCUUACCUGUCUGGCUUCCAGGAUCCUCGGCCAGUCCUGGGGAUCCAGCAAGGUGUCAGCCUGGCAGUGCCUUCCUGUUCUCAUUUUGGAGGAAAGAUGACCUCGGUUUGCAUCUCCCAACUCCUCUCUUUUGAGUAUCUCCUGAAAUAGAAUGUGUCAGUUUUGCUCUUGGAACAAUAGUACCUUUUGAGGCCAAGGCCGGAGCAGGCCUCAUUGUGUGUGUGUGUGGUUUUUUUUUUUUUUUUUGCUUUCUAGGCUUCUUUUUGGGAGGUUUUAUAAAAUGUCAGAGGUGUUCCCAGAGUAUGUGAUGUGCAGUUAGACUUCUGAUAGUACUAAUAACUCCCGGGGCGCAUCUGGCUCGUGUUGGGGCCAGGAUGAACCAGCAGAUCCCUAAACGAGGCAUUUGGUUUUUCUCUGCACAGCAUGGCCUGGAGGGCUGGCUCUUGAUGGGGUUUUGCCUCCGAAACUCUGUAGAUUGCUUCUUCAGGAUUUUCCUCUCUGCCUUUCUACUGAAGCAGUUUCUGGAACCAUCCUGGCAGGUCAGAUCUAAGUAAUGUAUAUCUAGCUGAUCCUUCAAAUGCUAGUUGGAAUUGUUUUGGGUGUUAGGCCCCUCAGCCUGUUUCUCCUCUUCCAAUCAGAGGUGGGUUCUCAGAAAAGCUUCCUUGCACAUCCUGCUGCUUUUGUCCUCAGGCCUUUAUUGGAUAGACUUUCAUCUCCUUUGCUCCCUGCGGUGUGUGACUGUGUGGGUAGCUUUAGGUGCUCAACCCUCGAUUAUUAUUGCCAGGAUUUAGCCUCGAUAGGAAGGGGGCAGUAGGAAGGGCACAGGUAUGUGGUAAUAGUCACUGUGUGUGCGGGCGGCGUCACUGUAACUGUGACAGGGGAGUUGUUUCCCUGGGCGCUUGGGAGGAAGGCUGUGUGGGGCCAGGGAAAGAAGGGCCAGCACUUGGCCGCAGAAGCCCCUGAUCGUUCACUGACUAGUGUUGCUCCCAGUUUGGAUUCUAGAGCGUGAGUGGCCUUGAACCUUGGCCCAGUGCUUUGUGCCAGGCCAGAGUCUGGGCUCUGCCAGAUGCCGACAGCUUUCUCACUGAGCGAACCCCGGCUCAGCCCUGUGUGCCAGCACUGGAUCUAGCCACUGAGGGAAGGAAGAGACCGGGCACCCUGCAGACCAGGGAAUCUCAGAACUGGAGCCGACUACCAACCAGGUGCCUUACGUGGGGCUCUGCCCCAUAUGCUGCUGGGGAAGCUGCCUCGUCCUCAUUCCCUCCCCGUCUGUGGACACACAGCACUGCCUCCGGUCCUGUUUCUCAUCGUGCCUCCUCUGACACUUCUGUGUGUCUUGUCGAGCUUCAGAAUCACCCCUUCUCUCUGUGACAAGCUGAUUGGGAGAGUUUCUACAUUUGAUAUUUAUCAUCUAGGAGGUGGUCUCUAGAGCUGCCCAGAACUCUGCUCAGUAGAGUGUGUCUUGGAAGUGUGUCCCAGGGCAGACUGUGUCUUGUCCACUGUGGGCUCCUAUCUGCCGUGUUAGCUUUUGCUAGGAGGAGAACCCGGAGGGCAGAAGAGGCAGGCACUCUGGCGCGAGUAGUGCUAAGUCCUCUUCCCCUUUAGCUUGCCUUAGUCUCACUGGAGACCAUUUUGAGGCCAAGUGCUCAAACUGCCCAGCAGGACAGGGUUUGCCAUCUUUUACGACGGAAGGUCUCGUGUUCUCUACCUGAGACUCUGGAUUCUUGUGUCUAGCUACUCAGGAAAUCUUGAGAAGCAUUGCUACUCUGGGGUGUUCACCAGGGUGAGGUUGAAAUUCAAGCUUUUGUACCUGAAUUGGAGAGAGACUUGGAAGUCAUACUUUUUCUGAAAGGAGCUGAACCAAUCAGAAGUUGAAUCAGGAGGCCGUGUUAUUAAGGAAUCUGGACUGUUUGUUGAUAGCCAUUAUCUUUUGGGUGAUACAAUGGGAGGGAAAAAAACUCGCUGCGUGGGAGGCUGUGCCGUUGUUCAGAGCUGGCGUCUGAGAGGCAGCUCCUGGAGAGAAUACAUUCCAGUGGACUGGCAGGCCCACCUGGUGCCACGGGGCCCGCCGCCUGCACCCCUACCUUCCUCUCCUGUCUUGCUCUCGUCCCUCUGCCUUGGAAUCUCCUGGGAGAGAGCCUCUCUUUUCCUGUGAAGCCUUUGGGCUAAGACACCCUUCUAGCUUCUCCAAAGAAGAUCCUGGUUUAUUUAAUUCUAUGUUCUAAAGAGUAAACAGAAGAAAUAACAACUAACAGUAGUUCUGGGUUAAAGGAGGCUCUCCUUAUGUGUUAGCUCAAAGCUGUCUUGUGAAGGCAGUUCAGGGGCGUGUAGGACUUCCUGAAGACACCCAGAGUCUGGGCCAUCUGGUUCCCAAAUAGCGGUGGUGAUUUGAGGAGGUUCGGGCUAACUAACCAUAGACUGGAGAUUCUUGAAAUGGCAGUGACUGGGGAAUCCUCCCCUUAUUUUUUCAGUUGAAGUGGAAGUCCUCUGUGGAGUGGGUUUAAUGGGCUGUGUCUAAUGUACAAAUAGGGUGAGUCUUGCCUUGGUGUGUCCUGCCACCCUGGUAGGCUCCCAGGGUACUCUUUUUCCUCUGUAAAGUCACUUUCUCUGGUGGCCGUUGUCACUAUGAUGUCAACGAGGUUUGGGGAAUGGGGACAGCCCUAAAAAUUCCAGCAGACUCCUUGCUGGUGCACGAGGCUCCCUGAUACAUGUAGAGGGCGCUGCUGUACUUGGUGUGGAAGCCUACUUGUCAGACAUCCUGUUACGCACAUUCUGUUACAGGAACGUCUUAGCCGCAGGGCAGGACGGAGCUGCUGGAGGUGGAUUUACCCCUUGUUUUACAAAGGAUCAUGUAAAGUCAUUGAAGUUUUGAAAGUCUAUUUUUUCCCUGUAAAUCUAUUUUUCACAGAAUAUAAGAAACAUCAAUGACCGGGUCUGCUCUUCCUCCUCUUUCCCCUUCGCCUAAGACCCUCAUUCCAGUUUGUAUUGUCUUUGGGUCCAAAGUAAACUGGGUGAUUUAUUUGUAUACAAUGUUAUUUUGCCACAAGAGACAAAUAAAAGAUUUUCACAGUA